CAAAACGAGGAAGAAGAAAGAGUGAUUGAAAAUGGCGGAUUCAGAAAAGGAGUCGAUAGAAUCGGCAUCCAGCGAAAUUUCGAGGGAAUUUAGAACUCUAGUUGAUUCUCAAGAUUUAGUUCGAUCAAACAAUCACAAAAUCUCAUCCAUAAAUUUGCAGAAAUUAGUAGCUCUAAGAGUUGAAUACGAAGAUUGGGGAGAUUGCAAGACAGCAAUGCAGUGUUGUCCCACUUUAACGAGUAUUCGGAGAAUUGCUUCAUGGAAGUGCAUGCUGAUUUUGCGAAGAACACGCGCCUCUUGCGAUCCAUGAAAUCGGACCUGGAUUACAUCUUUCUGAAGCGGAGAGGAUCUUGUAUGUCGAAGUGGAAGCGUGAUUCAUGUGGAGAGAAAAACAACAUGAGGGAAGCUUUUAUUUGCUUUGCACAUAUAUAUAGUUACUGUAUUCAGGAGCUGCAUAAUAGUAAACUAAAAUGCUGUAUUCUAAAAAAGGAGUGGAACAAGUUUUGUGGUGAACUUCAUAUAACAUAUGAUUGGAGCAUACAAUUCUAAGUCUAGUUGAACAAUCCGCACUCUCCUCCUCUUAGUUAAGAGUUGGAUAAAGGUUUGCUAAAAGGAAAUUUGCAAAAAUAAUACGACCCUCGUCAUUGUUAUACAAUUUCAUUGCGUAAAAGUCUUAUUCGCCACAUUUUUAUGAAAGCCGAUGCACGUUUCUUCUAAUUUAAUUUGUAGGAGCCUGAAGAACAAGAUUGCAGCAACCUGAUAACUCAGCAAUCGAAGCUCUUGAUCAAACACCGGACCUUGAGUUGCCUAAGGAGUAACCGAGUAAGGAUAGCUAAUAAUGCUCCCCCCCUCCAUUUUCUUCUAUUGUGAAUUCAUUUCACACAAAUUCUCUUUGUACAUCAUGUAAAUCAUGCCAUGGUAAAAAUGAGGGCGACGAGCUAUCCAGUACGGAUCAUAAUUUACGAGCUUUGAAAGAGACUCGGGCAAGUUCAUGCCAAGUUUUUAUUCGAUGAUUCGAUCAAUGGACGUGUCUUGAUUAAAAAAUUUGUAUUCUAACCCGACCCAUACAUCAUUAGGCAUAGUCGACCAGCCCAACUAGACUAAUCUACAAUAAAACAAAAAUUCCAUGAAAAGAGAAUAAAAAUUUGGUCCCUCUACUGCCAUGUGUACGUUGAGCAAAAGUACAUGCAUUUUGACUGUCUUAACUCCUCAAACCACGACCCUUUCAUGCAACCAAAACAAGCUUUUCAUGCCACAAAUAAAUCAUUAUCACACAACACAACAAACACAGAAGAAAACGAGAGAUUGAUGAUGAAGGAGGGCGGCCGAAGCGCCAAUGGCCGGAGCGCUCUUGAGAGAGAGAGGACCAAGAUGAGAGAGAGGCAGCGCCGCUCCAUCACCACCAACAUCUUCCACGGCCUCCGCAAGCACGGCGGCUACCGCCUCUCCCCCCGCGCCGACAUCAACGAGGUCCUCCGCCACCUCGCUCAGGAGGCCGGAUGGACCGUCGACAACGACGGCACCACCUACCGCUCCGCCUCCUCCACCUCCGCCGGGGCGACUUCGUGUCCGCUUUGCGGCGGCGGAGGGAGGAGUGUGGCGGCGACGCCGAGCUGCAGCUUCUUGGGCGGCGGAGGAGAGUGCUCCACCACGGCUUCUCCGCGGCGAGUAGGGGACUCCGGCGGGAACAACCUCUCUUCGAGUGGAGUUGGGGCCACGGACGUCAGCCUUCUUUCCAUUUACAUGAGCGAAGGGGCGGCGCAAAACGCCGACGGCGGUGGCGGCUCUGCCGUGUUUGGAGAGGGGCAGCAGUUGUACUUGGUGCGUGAGAGUCGUGUGGCCAAUCAGAACACGCCAACUGGUUCGCCUUAAAUCUGGAGAGAAUUACUCGGGUGCCCUUUGCGGUCUAAUUACUAAACUACCCUUAAUUUUUUUGAUUGCUCAAACUUUGAAACCUAAGAUUACCAAAAAAAGACUACUUUCUGUCUGGAUUUGGCUAUCAUUUUAAUUCGAAACACUAAUAUGUCGUGUCGUCCUGUUAUAAGUGGCUUGCUUCAUUUGAAUAUGCAAAUUAUGAAUUUUGUACUA